GGCCGGGGCCGAGCGCGGCCGGCAGAGCCGGGAGGGGGCUGGGGCUGGCCGGAGCUGAGCAGAGCAGCGGGCACCGGGACCUGUUUCCCCGCAGCAGCGGGGCUGGGGUUCCGCAGCCCCACGCAGCCGCUCUGCUCCAGCGGGAGCGGAGAUGCUGCUUGCCCGCAGCCGGCUGGGGCUGCUGCUCCUCGGGGCGCUCCUCACUCUCCUCCUUUACCUCCUGCUCCCGGCCGCCCGGCGCUCACGGCCUGACGAGGGGAAGCGGGCCUGGCGGGCGGCCAACGGCACCGUGCGGACGGGGAUGGCUGCGGGAGAGCCCCCCGUGUUCUACAGGGAGGCUCCCGCAGCAGCUGCGGGCCCCGGGAGGCCUGAUGUCCUGUUCCUGCAUGGCCAGGCGUUCACCUCCAAGACGUGGGAGGCCUUGGGCACACUGGCACUGCUCGCUGGAGAGGGCUACCGUGCGGUUGCCAUAGAUCUGCCUGGCUAUGGGGAUUCGCCCCCAGUGGAGAUGGCGCUGACAGCACAGGGCCGGAGGGCUUUCCUGGACCGUGUCCUGCAGGAGCUGGGCAUGCAGAGGCCUGUUCUCAUCAGCCCCUCCAUGAGCGGCCGCUUUGCCCUGCCCUUCCUCCUGGCACACGGGGACCGGCUGGCCGGCUUUGUGCCCAUCGCACCCGUGGGCACCAAGGACUUCACUGCUGAGCAGUACCGCACCGUCCAGACGCCCACCCUGAUCCUGUAUGGUGACCGUGACACUGGCCUGGCUCCCCAGGCCCUGCAGAACCUCCAGCACCUCCCUAAGCACCGUGUGGCCGUGCUGUCUGGUGCUGGCCAUGCCUGCUACCUGGACAAGCCAGAAGACUUCCACCGGGCCCUGCUGGGCUUCCUGCGCCAGCUGAAGUGAGCACUGCCUCCUCCGAGCCAACAGAGGGGCCUCCGGGGGCUGGGAGGCACCGACAGCUGGCAUGAGGGAUGCUGUUCCUCCUGGGGUGGGGGCAGGGGGUGGGACUGGAGGUGUCCCUUGCUGGCGGGACAGGGUGUCGUCUGUCGCGAGGCCAAUAAACUGAUGCUGCUCUGGUUUCUGCGUGUGUCCCCAAGCGCCGCGGGGCUCCUCGAGCUCCAGCCCCAUCUCC